UUACUUUUUUACCGGUAAAAUUUCCAGUACUUUUUAUCUAGUAUUCUUUAGCAGUUUAGUCAAUAAACUUGCCUCAUAAACUUAAGGAGUGAGGAUGAUAGGUGCAUCCUUCCCAGCUCAGAAGAAAAGAAAAUAAUUCUUCCCUUUUCUGUUUUUUUAUUUUUUAUUUUUUAUUUUUAAAAAAAAGGAAAAACCAGAGCUGGUUUUUAAUACAAAUAGCUGCAACUUGCCCUGCAUCAUAUGUUUUCAGCUUCUUCCCUUACAUAUGUAUAUACACGCACACAGCCACCAGGGGCUUAACAACAUAGAGAGAGAUGAAGAAGUGCGAUCUGUGUGACUCUGCAGCACAAGUGUACUGCGAUUCCGAUCAAGCAAGCCUCUGCUGGGACUGCGACGUCAAAGUUCACGGUGCAAACUUUCUGGUGGCCAAGCAUUCAAGAACUCUGCUCUGCCAUGUCUGCCAAUCUCCGACCCCCUGGAUCGGCUCCGGUCUCAAGCUCUGCCCUUCUGUUUCUGUUUGCGAGAGUUGUGUCAAUAAUAAUGAAGGAAAUCAUCACGAAGACGACGACGAUGAAGAAGGGCAGGACGGUGCGGAAGAAGAAGAAGAAAACCAAGUUGUUCCAUGGUCGUGUAAGCCUCCUCCGCCUGUGUCUUCAACUUCUUCGAGCAGUAGGGAAGAACGAUUAAGUGAAAGCGUGAACAUUUCCAGAUCAACAGCCAGAAGGGAACCCAGGUGACCAGAUUAAUUAACUAACUUCAUUUCCAUCGGUGCACAAUUUUAUCUGUUUUGUGCAUAAACUUCUGCAAGUAGCCAACUUCAUUUCCAUCGCUGCACACUGGGGAAUGAUUUCCGUUAUUCUUACAUUCCGUACUUCCAUUUCAACUUUCAAUACUCUCUUAAGAUUUUAAGUUUAUCAUUGA